AUGUCUAUCUUAAAAGGACUCAUAAAUGCAUCUCCUAAAAACUGUCAAGAAGUUCUCACGAAAUGUGGUGGCAAAAAGAGCGGCGUGUACAAAGUCAAUCCUGAUGGCAAAGGCGAAUUCAAGGUUUACUGUGACCAGAAGACUGCAGGAGGAGGAUGGACAGUCUUCCAGAGAAGAAAAGACGGUUCGGUGGACUUUUACCGAGGAUGGGCCGACUAUAAGAAAGGUUUUGGAGAUCUCAAAGGAGAAUUCUGGCUUGGCCUAGAUAAGAUCCAUCGAUUGGCCCAUCAAACACAAAACCGUCUUCGUGUUGAGGUUGGAGACACUAAAGGAAACAGCGCGUAUGCCGAAUACGAUUUGUUUUAUGUGACCAGUGAACGAAGCAAGUACAAGUUAAGUCUUGGAACUUACUCAGGUACAGCAGGUGACUCCCUGUCCUAUCAUCGUAAUAUGGCCUUCAGUACCAAAGAUCGUGACAAUGACAAGAACAGUGCCAGCUGUGCAGCAUCCUUCAAGGCUGCCUGGUGGUAUAAGAACUGCUAUAAUUCCAACCUUAAUGGUCAGUACAAAUACCACGGUACCAGUUCAUACCUUUGCGUGAACUGGUACCACUGGAAAAACAGCCCUUAUUGCCUUGCAAAAGCUGAGCUGAAGAUGAGACCGCAAAAGAAAUGCGAGACUCAUUUUAAAAUGAAGAUUCUUCUACUGUUGGUGUUUGUGACUGGUUUGUUGUUAACGGAGUUCGGACGAGCCUCCAAACAAACUGGCAACCAGUUUUCAUGCCAGUGCAAUUGCAGCAAGAACUCCAAGGUUUUGAUUUCAUUGAUGAGAACGCUGCUAAGCAAGUGUUCAGGAAAKAAAAUUCCAGAAAUUGGAUCAUGUCCAAAAGCUCCUAAAAACUGUCAAGAAGUUCUCACGAAAUGUGGUGGCAAAAAGAGCGGCGUGUACAAAGUCAAUCCUGACGGCAAAGGAGAAUUCAAGGUUUACUGUGACCAGAAGAUUGCAGGGGGAGGAUGGACAGUCUUCCAGAGAAGAAAAGACGGUUCGGUGGACUUUUACCGAGGAUGGGUCGACUAUAAGAAUGGGUUUGGAGAUCUUAAUGGCGAGUUCUGGCUUGGUCUCGACAAGAUCCAUCGAUUGACACACCAAACACGAAACCGUCUUCGUGUUGAGAUUGAAGACACUAAAGGAAAGAGCGCGUAUGCCGAGUACGAUUUGCUUGAUGUGACCAGUGAACGAAGCAAUUACAAGUUAAGUCUUGGAACUUACUCAGGUACUUCAGGUGAUUCCCUGUCCUACCAUCGUAAUAUGGCCUUCAGUACCAAAGAUCGUGACAAUGACAAGUACGGUGGUAACUGUGCAGCUUCAUACAAGGCUGCCUGGUGGUAUAAAAGCUGCCAUUUUUCCAGCCUUAAUGGUCAGUACAAGUACCGCGGUACCAUUUCAACCAGUGGUGUGGACUGGUACUACUGGAAAAACAGCCAUUAUUCCCUUGCAAGAGCUGAGAUGAAGAUGAGACCGCAAUAG